UUUUAUCUGUACAGAGAGUUUUUAGCCAUGAUUUUACUUACCUUGCUGAUUGGAGCUGUAGUCUUUUCCAUUAUACUUAUCAUUCAGCAUGUACAUAGAUACAAACAAUGGAGCAAGGUUACUGCAAAGAUCACCUCUUUUGAACCGUGGCAUCCAAUAUGGGGAAAUUUGCAUCUGGUAAAUGACAUGGCCGACUUCUUUAAACUGGUUUUGGUCAUGGUGGAGAAGACUAAAGCAAAGCUCCUUUGCGGUUGGGUCAUGUUUUUAUAUCCUGUGUUUUCCACUUGCCAUCCCGACACGGCCAAAAUCCUGCUUAAGUCCUCUGAACCAAAAGUGAAAUAUAACCUUGGAGGAGUUUACAGGAUGAUUUUGCCUUGGUUAGGUGACGGCCUAUUGCUGUCGGACGGGAAGAAAUGGGAGAGGAAUCGUCGUCUGCUAACUCCCGCCUUCCAUUUUGACAUUCUCAGACCUUACGUUCAGAUCUACAAUGACGUCGCUAAUAUAUUCCUCGAAAAAGUACAAAAAGCUUGUGAUUCAAAGGAAGCGAUAGAAAUCUACAGCCACGUGUCACUGGCUACAUUGGAUACCAUGUUAAGAUGUUCGUUGUCGUACACCGGGCAGGUACAGGAAAAGGGAGAUAGUCACCCAUAUGUUCAGGCUGUCCGACGACUGGGGUUUCUAUCUGUUCAAAGGACCUUAUCUCCUUGGCUUUAUCCGGAUGUUUUGUUUUGGCUCUCACCGAGUGGCAGGGAAUAUAAGCGUCUCAUCGACUAUGUUCACGAGUUUGCUGAUGAAAUCAUCGCUUCUCGUAGGAAAGCUUUGACAGAAAAAGAUAUCAAUAAGACAGCGGGGAAAAGGCUAGAUUUUUUAGACAUUCUAAUCACGGCUAAAGAUGAGAAUGGUGAAGGUCUAAAUGACCAGGACAUCAGGGCAGAGGUGGAUACUUUCCUUUUUGAAGGACACGACACAACAGCAUCUGCCAUAAGUUGGGCCAUUUACUGUUUAGCCAAGUAUCCAGAGGAACAGGAAAAGGUUUAUCAGGAAGUGACGUCAGUUUUAGACGGCAGACCACAAGUCUCAUGGGAAGAUCUUAAUCAGUUGAAGUACACCUCGAUGUUUCUGAAGGAGGUACUGAGGAUGCACAGUCCUGUACCUUUUAUAAGUCGUUGGCUGACGAAGCCCUUGGUUUUAGAUGGGGUAGAGAUUCCUGCCCAUUUUCAAGUAGACAUUUUAAUUCAUGCUAUAAAUCAUCAUCCUGACGUUUGGCCUGAUCACAUGGAAUUUCGACCGUCGAGGUUUGAGAAUGAGACGAGACAAGAAAGAGAUCCUUACACUUAUAUUCCCUUUUCAGCAGGAUCCAGAAAUUGCAUUGGGCAGAAUUUUGCAGUGAAUGAAGAAAAAGUGAUGAUUUCUGCUUUAGUAAAAAGAUUUAAAGUGGAAUUAGUGGAAGGUCACGUGUAUGAAGAAUAUCCAGAAGUAGUAAUGAGAGCAAAAUACGGAAUUAAAAUCAAAGUUAACCAAAGAUAAAGGAGUGAUAAAUGUUUUAUUUUUGAUGAAUGGUUUGUGUUGAUAAAUGUAGAUGAGGAAUACUUUUGAAGUUCAAAUAGAUAAUAUAUUGCAAAAGGUUAACUAUUUUAAAGAAAAUCUGUUUAUGCACUCAUGGUUGUAGCAGUACGAAAUGUUUUCUUCUAACUAAGCUUGUAUCUCAUACUUUCUGUAGGGGUUACUGUCAUUCUAUUUUGGCUAAUUGUGUAUCAACUUUUAUAUCUCGUUUGCUUCUUUUCAUGGACG